CUAAUGUAUGCCAAGUAUCCAGAACUAUGAGAACGAUAAAAUACACUUUUUGCAGCUCUCUGUAUAUGAUCCAAAAUAAAAAAUUGAUUAGUGCAACAAUUUUCUUAUCAGUUGUUUUGUGAGAUGUUUACGAGUUUGAUUAAGGAAAACACGACUUUUUUUCUAACAGAAGUGAACUAGAAUCUAUAAAAAAUAGACUCAGCAAAAUACUACAUCAGCAAAAAAUUGUCUGGAAGUGCAAGUGCAUCUGUAAAAACUUAACGUAUAUGUGGAGCACGCUUUACGUGGCAGUUAGUAUUCCGAUUGCUUGUUGACUGCGGUAUAAGAAUUUAUAAAUAAAACAAACAAGUCCGAGACGAUAAAUCGCGCGUGUUGCCUCAACGGACCUUAAAUUCUCAGCUGACUACUUAGAGCAGAGAGAAAACAAAAAGGAGAUUGACAGAAAUCGACAGAUAAGUAUCACAGGCUAUAUUGUCUAAGUAAGCAAAAUUCGCUUCUGGCAAGUGUUUAUAGCCGCACGGAAUAUAAUGGUUGGUCAACGUAGAUUUCGACUGAACGAGGUGUCUGCCUUAAAUAAGGACCAUGUUAAAAUUCGUGAUCCGGACAAGGUAGAGCUUAUGCUAAAUGAGCUGGUGGCCGGCGGAAUCGAAAAAUUGCAAGUUGUGACCGAUUUCGAUUACACAAUAACGAAACAGCGGCUCAGUAAUGGGGAAAAGAUUCUUACGAGCUUCGGAAUGUUCAACGAGUGUCGAUCGCUACCGGCCAGUGUGCUAUUGGAAUCGAAAAAAUUGUUUGAGAAGUACCGACCGAUCGAGAUUGAUCCGCAUAUGCCACUGGAGGAGAAAAUAAUUUACAUGAUUGAGUGGUGGAGCAAGACAGGCGAUUUACUCAAAGGUUUUCCGCUCCCGCAGGAAGAGAUCGCCGAAGUAGCUAAGCGCUUCAAGGAAGGUUUGCGGGACGGAACGCAUCAAAUGUUUUGGGACUUGAAUGAACAGCGGGUACCGUGUUUAGUGUUUUCUGCCGGCCUCGGGGAUUCUGUCGUGUCGGUCCUCCGGCAAGCCGACGUGCUACAUCCAAACGUUAAAGUCAUUUCAAAUUUCCUGCAGUACGGCGCCGACGGCAACCUAAAUGGACUGCAGGAAAAGAUGAUUCACACUUUUAAUAAAAAUGAAACAGCGUUGGAAGGUACCGAGUACUACGAUCUAGUGCACGAUCGGGACCAUGUAAUUGUGAUGGGAGACUCGAUCGGGGAUGCAGGCAUGGCCGACGGCAUACCGUCCUCGUCUCAUGUAUUGAAGAUUGGUUUUCUGUUUGAUCAUCCGGAACAAAAUCUGCCACGCUACAUGGACACCUUUGAUAUUGUGCUGAUUGAUGAUCAAACUAUGGACGUGCCACGAGCGAUCUUAGAAAUGGUUAAAAAUAAAUCUCACCAGUAAAAGCGAAGUCACUGUCCCGUAAAGUGUAUUAGCAUAAUUUCUUUCAUAACCUUUCAUCGGUGUGUAAUCGAUUGUUUGUUUUCUACGUUGUUUGUUUUUUUUUUUGUGAAAUGCGAGAAUAUUUUCCUAAACUGUGGCAUAAGUAUUUUAAACAAAACCAUGAGGCCAUUAGUUUACAAAAGUUACAUGCGAUACUUGAAGCACAACCAUUUCGCUAUACUAAUAAUUAAAUGAAAUGACAUAACAACACUACUGCCUACCGGUAGAUACUUAGAGAAAGUUACAAAAUGUUUAUUUAUCUAUUGAGAAAAAGUAAAAUGUUUCGACCUCGAAAAAAAUGUUAAAAAUUGACCGGCAGAUGAACCAGCAGAAUUAUUUUUAAAUGUAUGCAGUAACUUUUUGUUUACUGUUUUCCCUUGUGGACAUUUGGUAGACAAUUAUCAAUGUUGGACCGGUAAUAUAACAAUCUGAACUGAUAA